AUGUCCAUUCCAGCAUCAAUCCGACGCCGGCUGCUGCGGCUGUACCCGUCUCAUAGGGCUGGACCUGAUACCAAAGAGAUAACGAGCGAAGCCCUGCGUCAUGCACUGGCAUCAUCGUCAGAGCCAUAUCUCCCUUACUGUAGCCAAAUUUCUGGCAAUCUCGCGACAGAAACACAACGGCCCCCGACAGCAAGCGAUGACUUGGAUUCCUUGAACUCUGGAUCUGGAUCAUCUGGCCCGAGCAGCCCUCCGACAGAAGAGAGCGGACACCCCACAAAGUACGAAACCGAGUCAGGCCUGCGGUGGAACCGUGUUGUGCCAGCGUUCAAUCUUCUCCGAAAUGCAGGAUAUGAAGCACAACAACCAAGAGCUGAUGGCCGACUGGCUCGGUCGCUUUACAUAAAUGCGUUGAUGUAUCUGCUAGAUGCCCUCCCGGAAGACCUGAGUGCUGAAGAGUCGAAUAUGCUACAACAUCGUUUACCAGAACCCAUAAAAACAUCACUAGCAACCUGCCCAUCGUCACAUCUAGCUCGACUAGAAAGUCCUACGGAGAGCAGACAACCACCACCCGCCAGGUCAUACUUACAUAGACUUCUUGCAUCGACUAUUGUGCAAAUAUUUCUGCUGGCGCGAUUCGUUCUACCUUAUUUCAAAGUAUUCCUCCGGCAGGUCUAUGAGUACGAACGAUCCCACCGCAUCACCGAGCGUAUCGUGACAACCACGCUAGAUGCUACGGAUGGCCUUGGAAAGAGUGGAGUGAAUAUCGGCUCGGCAGUCUGCAAAUUCAAUGAAGGGCGUGUCGGAGCAGCAGUUGGGAACCUGGCGGCGUGGUGGAUUGAAGGAGUUGCGGGUGGUGUCUAUGAAGGAGUGGGCGAAGGACUGGGAGUCGAUAAGGUGAUAAGCCGAGUUGUUUUGGACUCCAAUUCAUCAACUCUCUCCUCCGCACCACCUCGAACAAUGUCAACUACAGCACUACCUUGCAUUCCCUCCGUUCGGAGGCAGCAAUUGCAUUUGGAAUUUGCCAGCCUGCGGCAUGCCGCACCGCCAGGGGUUUACGUGAGCCUCGCGCCUGGAGACCCCACGCUUUGGAAUGGUGUCAUCUUCGUACGCUCCGGCCCUUAUGCCUCCGCUGUUCUCCGCCUACAAAUCCGCUUCCCCGACAUCUACCCCGAUCUACCUCCACUUGUCACCUUCGCGACCGAUGUUUUCCACCCAUUGAUCGUUCCCCUUACAACAUAUACCUUCAGCACUAGCUCGGCAAGUGAUAACCCCGUCAGUGCAACCGACGAGGAACGUCUACCCCCGGGUGGCUUCAGUCUUCGCCAUGGUUUCCCACACUGGUUCGGUAGAGCGACACGAAAGGACGUUGCAUCUGGAGCUUCGUCGCGCAAUGUGAGCGGGAAUAGUGCGAAGGUUGCUUCUCCUUCCGAGGCAAGGCAGAGCGAUAUUGGAUUGGAGGGCGAAGAACCAUCGGACACGCCACAUACUUCAGACGCUGUCUCAGAUCUACCGAUUGGCAACGAGGACAAUACCGAGGCUCAAGAAGAACCAGCUCGGGUCGCACAGGUGCCUAAUUUGGACCAAUUCGUUCAACCCAGGACGGUCGUUCCUGUUUACGAGCUGCUGGAGUAUAUCCGAUCGACAUUUGACGAUGAGGAAGUGCUGGACUCGUUACCUGUCGAGGCAGCGGGAAAUCCGGGCGCGUGGCACGCAUGGAAAGCCCAUCGUCGGGGUGGACAUACUCCAGGUGAUUUGAAACGGGGAAGUCCGCAGGCUCGGCUCCCCGGUGACUGGCAUUGGGAUGGAAUUUGGGCUCGCCGAGUCGAGACUGAAAUCGAGACUAGUAAUUCCGAUCCGAUGCUAUUUGGAAAUGCCAAUCGUGCAGGCGAUGAGAUGAUAAGAUUCUCGCGAUUGGACGAGGCGACUUUGGAAUCGGUGAAGGAGAUGAUGGCUUCAGUGGCGCACUUCCUCGUUCCUUCCCACUUCAAUAUGGUCAUGGCCACUGCUGCCACUGCCAUGCUUGCGCCGGCUUAG